AUGAACCCCUGUGCCACCCCCACCCUGGCGGGCGUGUUCCCUGAAUUCGCCUCCAACUUGGGCUUCCUGCUCACCUUGCUGGUGGCCUUGGCCGUCUUCUCCCUCAUCCUCCUGCUGGUCUGCAUCGAGAGCGUCUUCCAGCGCUGCACCCGGCUCUUCUCGGCCCUCAUCUGGGCCUGCCUCCUGGCCAUGGCCUACGUCUCCGUCUUCACCAGCGGGGUGGUCAACGCCUGGGACCAGGUGAGAGGGGGAGGUGAGGGGACGCUCCUGGCCAAUGCGGUGAUCUUCAUCUGUGGCAACCUAGUGGGCGCCUACCACAAGCACCUGAUGGAGGUGGCCUUGCAGGAGACCUUCCAGGAGACCUUCAAACUCAUCCACUCCCGGGUCAAGCUGGAGUCUGAGAAGCGGCACCAGGACAACGAGUGCAUGAGGAUCAAGAUCCUGGGCGAUUGUUACUACUGCGUCUCGGGGUUACCCGUGUCCCUGCCCAACCACGCCUGCAACUGCGUCAAGAUGGGCUUGGACAUGUGCCAGGCCAUCAAGAAGCUGCGGGACGCCACCGGGGUGGACAUCAGCAUGCGGGUCGGGGUGCACUCGGGGAACGUGCUGUGCGGGGUCAUCGGCCUGCAGAAGUGGCAGUACGACGUCUGGUCCCACGACGUGACGCUGGCCAACCACAUGGAGGCCGGAGGGGUGCCCGGGCGUGGCGGCACCGGGUGUGCGGCCGUCUGCACCCAGCCCUGGCUCCGCGUCAGCCUGGGUAUCGCCACCAUCCUACUGGUCCUCACCAUGGCCGUGCUCAACCUCUACUACAUUUACUGCAGCAUCCUGGGGCUGGUCUCCUGCUCCCUGUUCCUGCACAUGAACUUUGAGCUCAAGCUGCUGCUGCUGACGCUGUGCCUGGUGGUCUACAACGUCCUCUUCCUGCACAGCCGCGCCUGGCUCUCCGACUGCUACGUGGGGCGCCUCUACCCCAACCAGACCCUGCUCAGACCAGGGGUCCUGAAGGAGCCCAAGCUGAUGGGAGCCGUUUCUCUCUUCGUCUUCUUCUUCACCCUGCUGGCCUUGGCUAGACAAAACGAGUACUAUUGCCGCCUGGACUUCCUGUGGAAGAAGAAGUUCAAGAAGGAGCGGGAGGAGAUCGAGACCAUGGAGAACCUCAACCGGGUCCUGCUGGAGAACGUGCUCCCGGCCGACGUGGCGCAACAGUUCAUCGGCCAGAACCGGCGGAACGAGGACCUUUACCACCAAUCCUACGGCUGUGUCUGCGUUCUCUUUGCCUCCAUCCCUGACUUCAAGGAGUUCUACUCCGAGUCCAACGUCAACCACGAAGGGCUGGAGUGUCUGCGGCUGCUCAACGAGAUCAUUGCGGAUUUUGAUGAGCUGCUCUCAAAGCCAAAAUUCAGUGGUGUGGAGAAGAUCAAGACCAUUGGCAGCACCUACAUGGCCGCUACGGGAUUAAAUGCCACCUCUGGCCAGGACAAUGAGCAGGAUGGCGAGAGGAGCUACACCCAUCUAGGCAUCAUGGUGGAGUUUGCUGUGGCCCUGAUAGGCAAGCUGGACAUUAUCAACAAACACUCCUUCAACAGCUUCAAACUCCGUGUGGGUAUAAACCAUGGCCCAGUGGUGGCGGGUGUGAUCGGAGCCCAGAAACCCCAGUAUGAUAUUUGGGGGAACACGGUCAACGUGGCCAGUCGCAUGGAGAGCACCGGGGUGCUUGGGAAGAUCCAGGUCACAGAAGAGACGGCCAAAGCCCUGAAGACCCUGGGUUACACCUGCUACCUCCGUGGAGUCAUCAAAGUCAAGGGAAAAGGCCAACUACGGACCUACUACGUCAGCACGGACUUAUCCCGCUCCAGCUUACAGGCUUCCAUGCUCAGCUGAGAGCUCGCCCCCUGGAGAAACGGACGCGUCACAGCCGACCGAGGGCCCGUCUCCUUCCAUCCCACCGCAGUACUUCCUCCCCACCACUGGGGGGAGCCGGCACAGGAUAGACAUGGCUUUGCAUUCAUCUCAUUCAUGUCAUGAGCUGAUGCCUGGACUCGGCCUUUCACUCGGGGACAAGUGAAGGGCUGGGAGAGAUUUUUGGGGGGGGGGUUCAGAGGGAGUAGAAUCUACCUGAAGGAGGCAGACGCAUGGGAGAAAUGACCCCCCUCCCCAAGAUCUGAGUGAGCCAGGAUGGGGGGGAAUAUGGGGGAGUGUGGAAAAACAGGAGCCGCCUCAGUGAGGGGCCAGGGCAGCAAGAUAAAAGGAAUUUCCCCUUCUCUCCGUUCUUCCCUGAAGGCCACCACCCCUUCUCCAGCCUGCGGAUGUGCUGUGGUCUCAGCCUUGUAUGCGUAGGCACUUCCUGUUACCCCAGAUCAGUCUCAGGAAACCGCAACUUCCGGAGAGACCAGAACUGGCUUCCCCAGCGAGAUCCGCUUUCCCCCAGAGCCCCGGCGGGCUGGAGGGGGCUGAAGCCAGCGGAUGGGGGGGGCGGGUGAAAAGGCCCUGAAUGGUGUUGGGAGGGAGGGAGGCGUGUGGGGGUUGAAGGACCAGUAGCCGGUCACCCAUUCCUGGUGCAAGACCCACGUUCUGUAUGCCCUGGCUGAAACGUUCAAGGAGGCUGGAAUUUGCGGGCUGGGAGGCGGCCGCAGCCUGGUUGCUUUUCUCCCCCGGCAAAGUUUGGCCACUUCCGUUCCACCGUUGGGGCGGCUUGGCCCAUGGGCCGAUCUGGCGAGCUCUGGGCAGCUAUUGCGCCCCCUGGCUUCGGAGAGGGGGCAUGGAACUGGGCAGGGAGCUGGUGUGGCGGGGGGAGACGCCUUUCACCAGGGCUGUGAACUUCUGGCUGGGUUUGGCCCGGCUCUCUCUCUUGGGGAGAGACUUCACAGCUAGGACCCUCUCUGGACUGGAGGUCUCACAGGCUCUGGGCCAAGAAGAUGCUGAGGACCAGACCUGGGAGCAAGGCGCCCUCCAAUCUUCUCCAUCCCGGGGCUAAUCAGCGGGGAGGCAUUUGAACCUCUCCCAAGUGCCAGCCUCUCUCCCUCCUGCUGUCGGGGUCUCCUGGCCAGGCCCAGGAAUGUGGGGAAUGGGGUGAGGAAUCUGGGAGGGGCUGGAGGCAGGCAGAGGGUGGGACAAGGCACCGAGAAAGGGGCCUUGGCUGGUUGGGCAGGGAGACAGGGACCGAGAGGGGAGACAGGCUGGCUGGGGAGGGAGACAGGGACCGAGAGGGGA